UUCUCUGACUGACUGACAGGCAGGAACAGAAAGUGUCGGCAGCUGCCUUCAUCGACCCCGCUCAUCUUUUACACACUUUUGAACACACAGGCCAAUCGGCAAAAUGUUUUGGCUCGUACUGACAGCGGCUUCGAUUUGGAUGUUUGGUGCGUGCAAGGACCUGCAGCAAGUUGCUUACCCUGCGAUCGGCAGCAUUGAGAGUAUUGAAUGUGACUGUGGUAAACUCAACUGCGACGCUGUCUACUGGUUCCGAACUGUUCCCAGUGAGAGCAAAGCAGAGUUUAUUGGCAAAUGCAACAACGCUGACCGUGUUAACCUUGGGCCUUUGUACAAGGCAGACGAACGUCGCUUCAAGUUAAGCAAGAGGGGCAGCUCGGCCUUUGUCCUGCGCAUCAUCAACGUGACUAAAUCGGACGCAGGGAUUUACUCGUGCGUCGUAACGCACUCUAAAAGUAUGACGUUUAAUCCUGGGGUUGUUCUUCGGCCAGGAGAGACCCGUCCAACUUUGCCUCCAGUCACGAAGCUUAAGCCCAAACCCAAACCCAUCUGCCCCUGCUCUUCGAAGAACCAGCCUGAGGAUGGCUGUGACUCCCUGAUUCUUUGGCCGCUUGUCGGAGUCGUUUCGGGCUUGGCUGUGGCUCUUUUCUGCACGCUGUAUUAUUUCAGCAGAUUGCCCAAGAAAUGUCAUCACCACUUUGUGAAGAAGCGGCUGAUGAACUGAAGAACUUCAUUUCCUGCUUUUACUGAAACUUAAGCGCAGCAUUUGAGAUCGCUUUACUGCAGCUCGUCAUCGUUUGGAGACUGAGCAGCUUGAAGCACCUGAAGAUCUUCUUUGCUAAAAGCAAUUACCUUUGAAAGGAGAACAUGUCCACCGCCGGAGUUAGGAUAGUGUUGUAUUAUAUUGUCAAAUAUUAAGAAAUUACUGCUGUAUAUUUCAUAAGCCAUGCAGAUUCUUUUAGGUAGAUUAUUUUCAUGUGUUUAUCAUUUAGCCAUUUUACCUUGAACUAAAACAGAUCACAUGUUUAAUUUCUCUGUAUUAUUGUUCCAUUUUUGACAGAAAGGCUGUCAUUUUUAGUUUAAAAAAAAAAAAUCAGCCAGGUAUUUUCUCCUUUUCUGUACCGUUUUUGCCUUUUUGUAUUUAUUUGUUUGCGUCACGUCAUUUCAGAAGUGUUGCAUGUUCACAUCUGGAUCCCAGGGAUGAAAACACACCUUUUAUUUGUAGUUGAAAUGAAUAAAUUUCUGCU